UCCUGGCUUUGUAGCUCGCUUAAGAUGGCGGCGCAGCCACCCAGCGGGAUCCGCCUCAGCGCGCUCUGCCCGAAGUUUUUACAUACAAAUUCUACUAGUCACACAUGGCCAUUCAGUGCAGUUGCUGAAUUGAUAGAUAAUGCUUAUGAUCCUGAUGUGAAUGCUAAACAGAUAUGGAUUGACAAAACAGUGAUAAAUGGCCAUAUAUGCUUGACAUUCACUGAUAAUGGGAAUGGUAUGACUUCAGAUAAAUUACAUAAAAUGCUAAGCUUUGGCUUCAGUGACAAAGUCACCAUGAAUGGUCAUGUCCCAGUUGGAUUAUAUGGGAAUGGCUUCAAGUCAGGUUCUAUGCGUUUGGGUAAAGAUGCAAUUGUUUUUACCAAAAAUGGAGAAAGCAUGAAUGUGGGCUUCUUGUCUCAGACCUACUUGGAAGUCAUUAAAGCAGAACAUGUUGUUGUCCCAAUAGUGUCAUUCAACAAUCACCGACAGAUGAUUAAUUUGACAGAAUCAAAAGCAAGCCUUGCUGCAAUUCUGGAACAUUCUCUGUUUUCUACGGAACAAAAAAUACUGGCAGAACUUGAUGCUAUUAUGGGUAAGAAGGGGACGAGGAUCAUCAUUUGGAAUCUUAGAAGUUACAAAAAUGGAGCAACAGAAUUUGAUUUUGAUAAGGAUAAAUAUGACAUCAGAAUUCCUGAGGAUUUAGAUGAGACAACAGGAAAGAAAGGGUACAAGAAGCAAGAAAGAAUGGACCAAAUUGCCCCUGAGAGUGACUAUUCCCUAAGGGCUUACUGCAGUAUAUUAUAUCUGAAGCCAAGAAUGCAGAUCAUCUUACGUGGACAGAAAGUGAAGACACAGCUAGUUUCAAAGAGUCUUGCCUACAUUGAACGUGAUGUCUAUCGACCCAAAUUUUUGACUAGAACAGUGAGAAUUACUUUUGGAUUCAACUGCAGAAAUAAAGAUCAUUACGGGAUAAUGAUGUAUCACCGGAAUAGACUCAUCAAAGCUUAUGAAAAAGUUGGAUGUCAGUUAAGGGCAAACAACAUGGGUGUUGGAGUAGUAGGAAUUAUAGAGUGUAAUUUCCUAAAGCCAACUCACAAUAAACAAGAUUUUGAUUAUACUAAUGAGUAUAGGCUUACAAUAACAGCACUAGGAGAUAAGCUUAAUGACUAUUGGAAUGAAAUGAAAGUGAAGAAAAACUCAGAAUAUCCUCUAAAUUUGCCAGUUGAAGAUAUACAGAAACGUCCUGAUCAGACUUGGGUUCAAUGUGAUUCCUGUCUAAAGUGGCGAAAAUUACCAGAUGGGAUAGAUCAGCUUCCUGAAAAAUGGUAUUGCUCCAAUAACCCUGACCCACAGUUCAGAAAUUGUGAUGUUCCAGAAGAACCUGAAGAUGAGGAUUUGGUGCAUCCUACUUAUGAAAAAACCUACAAAAAGAAAGACAAAGAAAAAUUCAGGAUCAGACAACCGGAAAUAAUUACUCGGAUUAAUGCUGAGCUGUUGUUUCGGCCAACCCCUGUUUCAAGUCAAAGCUUCUCUCCUGUGAAGGAAAGUGUUCCAAGAGGACAUCUUUCAGAAGUGGCCAAUACUUAUACAGCAAGACUUAUAAAUAAUAAUCGAGUUUCGCCCCAGUCUGAACCUGAGAGCAAUAGCCUGAAACGGCGACUUCCUGUUCGUUCUUCAAUUUUGAAUGCUAAGAAUCGAAGAUUGUCUAGCCAGACAUUUGAAAAUUCUACUUAUAAAGAUGAUGAUGAUGAAGAUGUCAUCAUCUUGGAAGAAAACAGUACUCCUAAACCUGCAGUAGAUCAUGAUAUUGAAGUGAAAUCAGAACAGAUUCACAUCGAGCAAAGUGGUGUUCAGGUCCAGAUUGUUCAUGAUAAUGAACCUUGUGGCCAGACUAGCUCAACUAGUACCUCAUCUUCUAGAUGUGAUCAGGGAACUACUGCGGCCACACAGACUGAAGUACCAAAUUUGGUGGUUAAAAAGGAAGAAACUGUUGAAGAUGAGAUAGAUGCAAGGAAUGACAAAGCUGCACUGGCAUCCUGUGGAGAAGCUGAAGUAAAGAUACAUGAAACCCAGGAACACUUUGAUAAAUCUGCAGGUGAUGCUGGCUGCCAGCUAAAUGAAGUGAGAAAUGAACUACUAAUAGUUACCCAAGAAAAAGAAAAUUAUAAAAGACAGUGCCAUACACUUACUGACCAGAUGAAAGUGUUACAACAGAGUAUACUAGAAAUGAAUGACAAAUAUGUGAAGAAGGAAAUUUGCCAUCAAUCUACUGAAACUGAUGCUGUAUUUUUACUUGAAAGUAUUAAUGGCAAAUCUGAAGGUUCAGAGUACAUAGCAUCUCAGUAUCAGCAAGCUUUAGAAGAAAUAGAAAGGCUGAAAAAACAAUGUACAGCUUUGCAACAUGUGAAGGCUGAAUGUAGUCAGUGUUCUAAUAGUGAGAAUAAAAGUGAAAUGGAUGACAUGGCUGUGCAACUUGAUGAUGUAUUUAGACAGCUGGACAAAUGCAGUAUUGAGAGGGACCAGUAUAAAAGUGAGGUUGAAUUAUUAGAAAUGGAAAAAUCACAAAUCCAUUUACAGUGUGAAGAACUAAAAACGGAAAUUGAACAAUUAAAAUCUGCAAGUCAACAGAUAGGAACAGUUUCAACUUCUAGUAACAGUAACAUUGAGGAGUCUAUAAAUUAUGCGGAUGGUGAAAGCCUCAAACUUCGAUCUCUCCGUGUUAAUGUGGGACAGCUGCUGGCUAUGAUUGUGCCUGAUCUAGAUCUUCAGCAAGUAAAUUAUGAUGUUGAUGUAGUUGAUGAGAUUUUAGGACAAGUUGUUGAACAAAUGAGUGAAAUCAGUAGUACUUAA